GGACGAUCGGGCGGCGCUGCGUACGCGUUCGGCUCCGCGGUCCCAAUGCGUGUCAACAGAAGGAAGAAAAGGAAGCCUGUGGUCAAGAUGGGAAACUGCUGCCCCGCCACCCAGCAGCUCGCCUCCGCAGAGGAACGGAAGGGGCUGCUGGUCGACGCCAAGGCGAAGGAGGGACACGUGGGGAAGCGGAAGGGGUCCCGGAGCCAAAUGGGUCCCCAGGACAAGCUGCAGAGAGACGGGGAUGUAGCUGCCCCCGGUGAUGCUCAUGAAACAUGGGGAGGAGAGGGAGCUGAUGGGUGGAGUGAUGCUGAUCCGGUGAAUCCAAGGUCCUGUGUGGAGGUUCAUAAGGAGUCCAAGGCUGAGGAGGAGCACAGCAGAGACGCCUCGCUGCCACAUGUCAACAAUCUCUCCUGUCCUGUGGAAGACACGCACAUUAACAACUUUGACACCAGUGUCGAGGAUCAGUGUCUAGCAGGCAAAAUAGCGGACGCCUCCAGCACAUCGGUGGACAAACACAAAGACAAGUGCCCUCUAGAAGUGGAAGACAAACAGACUGCAGCUUCCUUUGAAAAGUCUGAGGUUUUCCAGAACAGCACAAUAUCUCAGUCGGACACCCAAGCGGAACAUCCCUCCAGUAGCAGCCUCUCUGAGGACGCAUCUGCAGAGCAUGGUGAUGGAGACCUUCUCAGAGACCCCAGCAGCGUGCCACUCGAGGCAGAUGUGACCGCUGGCAUGUGUUCAGGCAGAAGCUUAACAGACAGCAGUGGAGAGAAAAGUGAGGCUGACAUGCCGAAGAAGCUGAAGACGAAGCAGAGGUCCACAGACGAGAACCAGGGUGGUCAAAUGUCAAAAAAGGAUGCAGAAUCGUCACCUGUCAAGAGUGAUGCUUGCAAGGAAGAGAGAGCCAGGAAUUCCCAGGCUGGGUCCGCAGCGGCGAGUGACCCAUCGUCUCGAUACAGCGAUGAGCAGCCGCAGGGAGGCAAGCAGGAUUUCGGGGGAGACGCGAGCAAAACCGAUGCUGGUUCGCGACGGGACAGUGUCAAUAAAUCUUCAGCCAAAGUCCAGGAAGUUCCAGCCAACCAGAAUAAAGGUCCCCCCAGUGUGGUGAGAGAAGAACCAAUGAAAGGAGAAAGUGGUUCAAAUGAAAUGGAAGAGGACAGCAGCGAGGUGGACCUCUAUAGAGGAGUUGAAGAGAUCGAGGAAGAACGGCUCAAGAAGGAGGAACUGCAAGUGCAGGAGUCAGUUGCAGAUGCGCUGCUCGCUCUCCGAAACACAACCUGUGAACCUGAGGACAGGAGCAGUGUGGCAGCAGAGGUGGACCUCCUCUUCUACAGCCAGAUGGAAUGGAGGGGCAACACAGCCAAGAGCGCCCUCAUCAGGAAGGGUUAUGAGGAGGUGUCGCACACUUUUCAGAGCCUCCGCCGUGUGAGGGGAGACAACUACUGCGCUCUGAGGGCCACCCUCUUCCAAGUUCUUUCCCAGGAUCACCCGCUUCCUGAUUGGCUCCAGCAAGGCGAUAUCGCCCAGUGGCCAGAGGAGCUGCUGGCAACAGAGGAGCUUAUUGGCCAGUGGAGGUUUCCCUUGGACCACAGGGAUGGCGAUUCAAUACCGUCCUCUGUUGAGCAGCUGAAACUCUACCUGAACCUCUUGAGGAAAAGGUGGCACUCAGCCGCCAAGGCACGCAACCCCCAGGAGAGACAUGAGAUUUGCGAAGAGGUCUUCCAGGGUGGCGAGGAGGAGUAUGGCCUGCUGGAAGCGGUCAAGUUCCUGAUGCUGCGCAUGGCCAUGGAGCUUCAUGGCCGUAUGUUGCGGGACGAGCCAGUGCCGGUCUUCUGCUGGCUGCUCUUCGCCCGUGAUUCCUCCGACUGCCCGCGCACAUUCCUCACGAACCACCUCUGCCAUGUUGGUUUCAGCGGUGGCCUUGAACAGGUGGAGAUGUUUCUGCUGGGCUACACUCUACAGAGGACGAUCAAAGUGUACCGGCUAUACAAGACCAAGACACAGGAGUUUGUGACGUACUACCCCGAUGACCACAAGGAGGAUUGGCCCCACGUUUGUCUGGUCACAGAGGAUGACCGUCACUACAACAUUCCCGUGGUUAAGAGGGAGAAAGAGAGCUGAGCUUGUCGAAUUCCCAAAAUAAGCUUCAGCUCACCCUAUGCUCUUCUGUUUAAUGAAGUAGCUGUGAUGUUUUAGUAAACUUGAAAACAGAUUCAGGAUAUUUCCUGACAGCCAGGACUUAGCACUUUACAGUGAUCAGUAAACACCUGGCAAAAAUGCCUUCUUGAGGGCUUAGGCCCUUGAAUAAGGCACAAUAGACAACUAUUAAUAUUUAUCUGUAUGACAUACAGAAUUCUGUUUGGUUUAACUACUGCAGCUGAUACUUUGGUUCUCUUGUCAGGCUCUAGUCCAUCUUAGAUUCACACCCCCCCCCCCCCAUGAUUGUCAUUUGUUCAGCUGAUGGGAGAAUUUCUCAGCCUAACCCAAAUGUGUGGGCAGAGGAACAUUUUGAAAGCAUUAUGCAAAAGGAAAACAAAAGCAGCAGCAAUCCCACAGCCUGCCAGGGCUGCCAGAAUGAUAACCAUACAAUUUCCAUGGGAUCCUUGUUGACUUGAGAUGACUGACCAGCAUCUACUGGGGCCUGAGUGUAUUUAAGUCUCUGCUGCUUCGGAAGAGGGGCCUGGAAGUGUAGUGACCAUGAAUGUGCAACUUUAAAUUGUAUGAUAGUCUAGCAUUGCCUUAAAUAACCUCUACUUGUUGCACUGUUUCUUAGUUGAACACUUCUGAACUUGGUCCUGAAUUUUUGAAAAAACUGGUAUGUUGCUGGUAAUCUAUAGGUUAUAGAUUUGUGAAGUGGGGAAAGAGGUCCUUCUAGGACCAUUUAAGAAAAAUCUGAAAUACAUGUAAAUGUAUACAAUUUUAAUAUCAAGUUCAGGAACCAUUUACAAAAAAAUGUGACAACUGUAAAAUUGAAAUUGCACUAUGUUUAGCCCUCCUUUUGACAAUUUUGGAUGGAUUUCUGCUUUGUCAAAAUAAUGGCUUUUUCAGUACUUCAAAAUCACUUGUGCAAAUGUACUGAACAGAAGUUGGAUUAAACAAGAAAAACAAUACAACUGAGCCACCGAAUCACCCUUUAAUCACUUAUUGUCCCUUUUUCUUUAACUGUAACAUCAUAAAUCCAGUAUUGCACUGGUCGGGAAUUAGGCAGUUGCUAACUACAAAAAAAGUCUAUACACCAGCUAGUUUGAAGGGAAAAAAAAACCUAUAGAAGCUUUGACACCUUGUAGUUGUGCAUCUUUAACAUAGGACUAUGCACCAUUUACUAAAAGGACUAACACAGCUAGACAACCAUGCAAGGUAUGGAGAUACAUCCUGAGAUUGAAAGAGAUGCCCUAGUCAGCUGGGGGGGAAUUGCAAAUGACAUGCCAUUAUAAAAAAAAAAAAAAAAAGCUACAGAACACCCCUCCCCACAUCCAGUCCCACCGUGGCAUCCUGUCCUCAUCCCGACCUGCGUCAGAUAAUACAAUAUGUCACCCAUAAAAAAGGAAACUGGUAACAAUAUUUGUACACCUAUAACAUGAUAAAAAAAUAUGUUCUUUAAAUGGCACCAAUGCACCAACCCGGCACUCACACAUCAUGAGAAACAGUCCCCCCCCCCCCCCUUGAUACUCAACUUAAAUAGAACUCAAUAGCUAUAGAAUAUCUGCUUUUUUUUCUACCUGCACCACCAGCGACUCAAGCUGAAGCACUUAACCUGGAAUCUGGGCAUCGCGGCCCCUCGGGAGCUCUGCAGCAGUUACGAAGCACAAAGGUCAGAGCACUUGGACCUCAGGCCAUUUAAGCUUUUCUUAUACAUUCAAAGUAAAAAGUCUUAGUUGUCCAAGCAAUUAAAGUUAUUCUAUAGAAAUUUUUAUUUUUUUUGGUAAAUGGUUCAUAAAUGUGAAGGACGGCAGCACAAGAAGUUCAGCGUACAUGGAACAGAUACGAGACUGCUUUGGUACAAAUUGGCGUCUUCGCUUUUGUACCUUCCUGCCUCCGCAGUGACCACGCGGGAGACGGAAGACCCUGCGCGUCUUUGUGAAUAUUUUCUUAGAGGAUAAGUUGCGGUACACGAACCCGCUUUCAACAGUUGUGUCGCGUCACUGGUACACGUACACAAAAGGUUCCUCUUGGAGUCAAGUGACUUUCAUAAUUAAAAAAAAAAAAAAAAA